AUGUUCGGGGCGCAGCAGCAGCAGCAGCAGCACUACUACCGGCGGCAGCAGCACUACAGCACCCUGCCCGUCCGCCGGCCCUGCCCCGAGCCGCCGCCCUGCCCCGAGCCGCCGCCGUGCCCCGAGCCGGCGCGGCCGCCGCCCUGCCUGGACCCCGCUCCGCACCAGCAGCAGGACGGCGCCGUGGCCUACGACCGGGUGCGCACCUACGGGCCGGGCUGCCGCCGGGUCAGCACCUCCUGCUCCUCCCGGGCCGCCUCGCCGCUGGACUGCGGGCACGGCUGCGACCCGCCACAGGGCACCAUCCGCAGGAUCAUUAUCGAGAACCCGGAUCAGGAGCCAUUAUCCCCUUUUCUUAGAGGGGCAAGUUUCUCUCCUGGAAAUAAUGUCAUCUAUGAAAAAACAAUAAGAAAAUAUGAGCUAUUGAAUCCCCUCCAAGAGCGGCAGUUCCAGGUGUGCCCGCCGGAGCCGUGCCAGCAGUGCCCGCCGCUCCCGGUCACGCAGCAGUGCCAGCAGACACAGACGGGCAGUCCCUGCGAGCUGUGCCCGGGCCCGGGGAGCGACGAGUGCCGGGGACACCCCGUGAGGAGGGGCACGGCGCCCCCCGAGCUGGUGAGCUGCCCCCAGGACAGCCCCGAGCAGCUGGACUGUCGCUUCUUCGGGGAGCUGCUGGCCGAGCUGCACCGCAAGAGCAAUGACCUGUACAGCUGCCUGCUGCAGCACGUGGAGAAGAUUGGGACAAGGAACCACGACAUUGAAUUCACGUGCCAGACUGAAGAUAUUGAAGAAUUAAUUCCCAAAGGACUGUCUGAGGCAACAAAGCAGCAGAUUCGUUAUCUCCUGCAGAUGAGAGCGACAUCGGACAGAUCCCUGAGACUGGUGCUCUCCACCUUCAAGAACCUGCGGGAGGAGCUCUGCCAUUUGCAGGAUGACCUGGGGAAGCUGGAAACCGACAAUGUCUUGCUGAAGAAGGAUUUGGCUUUUAAGGAUUCCCAAGUGAAAGAGUAUGAAACAAUGCUGGCCUCUCUGAGGGAGAACAAUCGUCAGCAGCAGCAAGGGCUCAGGGACAGCACUGCCAGAUGCCGCUCCCUGGAGGAACAGCUCCUGUCCCUGCGGCUCAGCGAGGGCAACAAGGACUGCCAGCUGAAGGAGCUGGAGUACAGCAAGAGGGCCCUGGAGCAGGAGAUCCAGAGCCUCAAGCUGCAGAGCUGCUCCAGCCCGACCCUGCAGACCACGACGGACGAGCUCUCCAGCCGCUACGUGGAGAUGAUCAACAGCCUGAGGGAGGACAAGGACAGGGAGAUCCGCAGCCUCAGGACCCAGCUGUGCCAGUUCCAGCAGGACAUAACCAGGAGAGAGGGGAGCAACAGUGACUUGCAAAUGAGGCUGCAUGAACUGACAUCGCUGCUGGAGGACAAAGAGGCUUUUAUUAAACAACAGCAAGAGGAGCUCUUCAGACUGAAGCAUGAGAAGUUAUCAGGCAGCCAGUCCCCUGGGGUGACAGCCAUCAUCACUAAAAAGUACAGGAAUCAGUAUCCUAUUCUGGGUCUGCUGUCUGAUGACUACAAGGUCACAUCACCUGUCAAUAAAUCACAAACCAUUGUCAUUGAGAGGACUGGAGAGAUCUGGAAACACGUAAGUGUACCUGGAGAUGGACUGUUCCCUCUGCAAUCCUAA